CCUCCCCUCCACCACCACCCCUCCUCUCCUCUCCUCUCUCUCUCUGUCUCCUUCCCCGCCAGCCAUGAUCCGUGGCGGGCUAAUUCCCAGACGGUCUUCUUCUCCUUCCUCCUCUUCUCCUUCUUCCUCCUCUUCUCCUCAUCACCCUCUUCCUCCUCUCCUCCUCCUCCUCCUCCUCCUCCUCGCGGGCCCGGUAAGUAGCAGCAGCAGCACGCGCCGUCCAUCUUCUCGUUUUCUCCUCCUCUCUGUCGGACUGCAUGCUGUGUUCACGGUAUUUAUCGGUUGUUAUCAGGUCUGGCUUUUUUUUUCUGAUUGACCCCCCCCCUUCUCCCCCCUCUCUCCCUCCCUCCUUCCUCACUUCCCUCCCUCCUCCUCGCCUCACUCGCACUGUGCCUGAGGGGGGAGGGAGAGGAGGAGGGAGGAUGGUGGUGGGGGGUUAAUGUGUCGCGUGGGAGAGCCGUUUUCCCCUCGCGGCCGGUGGCCACCGUGACCUUCUGUCGGAGCUCGCGCCGGCCCGGUUGACCAGACAGGGUAAUUAGUUACGCCUCGAGGGAGUGGAGGGGGAGGGGAGGAGGAGGGGGGAGGAGGGUGCGAGAAGACACACACAUUUUCACACUGGCUGCGCACACGCACGCUCAGCGCAGGCACACACACUCAUGCUCUCAUUCUCUCUUUGCGCCGCACACAUUUUGUUUCCGUCUGCAAACACACACAUCAGUACACACAGUUUUCUCUGCCUGCACGCACACACAUUUUACUCAUACGUCUCUUUUUCGGCCACGCACACACACACACACACACACACACACACACAAGGCAGCAAAUGUCUUAACACUCCUGUCCACCUGUGUGUGUGUGUAGAGAGGUCAGAGGUCAGUCGUACAAGGGCGAAUAGUUUGCGAGCUUUAGUAAAGAACCCAGUGUUGAUUUUCUGACCAGACUUACAGAACUUUUCCUCGCAUUGCUGAGGUCAAAGUUGAAUUCAGCUGCAACUUUUGGCGGGAAAUCGACAGAUUUGUCGAUGAAGCUUGCGUAGCUGGAAACGACGUCCUCGCUGAGUUGCCGGUUGGGAUUCAGUGCUCCGUUGCUCAAGGACACUCUGGUGUUCAGAACAUGUUUGUUUAAACAGCUGACGGCUGCACCUCCUGCUUUUCUCCGUUUGUUCGCAGUCAAGUUUUAUUCAUUGUUUCGACAGGACGUUGUUGCUUUUAGCGGCGUUGCUUUGUGCACCUUUGUUGUUUUGGUCUUUUGCGAGUCCUUUAUGGUUUAGAUUUUGAACUUAAGGUGAACACUGAAACAGAGCUCAGAGAGAAAGACUGAGUAUAAAUCUGACUACAACAAGGACGCCACUUUGCGUCUUCUUUAUGUGAUGUAAUGAGGGGAUCACGCUACUACAGAGUCGAUGAUACAAAAACGUUGCUCUUUGAUGAAUGUUGCCAUUUUGUCAUUAAAAGUUGUUUUAAUAUUACCUGCAAACUGUAAAAGAGGAAAUUGCUUCAGUUGUAUUGUGGGAAAUGAAGUCCUGUUUUAAAAAGUUUACAGUAUUAACAAAAUAUUUUCAAAAUACCUGUAUUAUAUUGUGUGCGAGAUAAUUUGAUGAGAAAUGUCUGUGAAGUCUUUCAUCUGUGGCGACAUGACAGCGACGAGGUUACGUUUUCAACCUUCGAUACCUUCACAGUCCUCGUCUUUGUUUCCAUUCACAGAGCAAAACGAAUCAACGACGUGGGACUAACUUCCUUUGUGAGCAAGUGUGUGCGUGCGUGUGUGCGUGCAUGUGUGCGCGCAUGUGUGUGUGAGGUCAUGUCGGGCAUGACGAGCGGCGUGUGCGUGGAGAGCGACCUCUCCACGAUGCUCCAGAGAAGCUCCGCCCCUUCCCACCAUCACCCGAAUCACCAUGGUUACAGCGGACAGGGACAGGUGUCGAGUCUGGCUCCGAUGCUGGAUUACACCACAGAGAUGGACCGUUACCGUUCGUCCAUCGCCAGCUUCUACAAGACCAACGUCAACAUGAACAUGAAUGUCACAAACUUCCCUCAGUCUGCCAAACUUGCGGCUCGUUUGGCAGCUGCCGCACCCAUCUUUCCCCCCGCCGCCGCCAGGCUGGGCACCAUGGCGACAGCGCCCUGGGGUUGCCACGACAAUAUGAACGUGAACAUGAACGUGAACAUGAACCAUCCGGCAGCCAUGUUCUGGGGCCGCCCCAAGCCUGUGGCAACUGCACCGACACACCACCACCACCAUCACCACCCCUCUGCAACGCAGGGUCAUAUGACCUCCUCACAUCCCCACAGUACCAGCAUGCACCAUGGUGGCGGGGGGUCAGGAGGGGGAACGGGAGGAGGUGGCGGGAGCAGUGAGGGGGGAGGAGCUGAAAAACAUGGACACACUGCCUCCUCACUUCCUGUCACACAGGGAACAGCACACCAUCACCCUAUGGCACCUAGCAAUGGAAACUUCCUCCCCGCUUACGGCAGCGGUGCGGACUGCGGCAUCAUGAACAAGCAGGGACAUGCCCACCCGGACAUGAUGGGCCUAUCAGAGGGCGGUAGCUGCAAUGGGGGAGGAGUGAUGGGUGGUAGCUUUCUGGGGGGGCUGGGUUUACCCCCUGGGGUCAUUGUGAUGGCAAUGGGGUCGGCAGGGGGCGGGAUCUCAGACGCUGGCAGCGCCUUCCAGAUGACUGGUGGCCAGCGGGCGCUAACGGACUGCCAGCAGCACGCCAACUCCUCCCCCUGCCCCUCCUCCUCCUCGCCCUCAUCGUCGGGGGUGACAGCAGGGGGCGUGGCCUUGUCGUCAUCGUCAUCUUCGUCGUCGGGGGCAGUGGCCAAGAGGAAGAGGAAGCGGUGUGGUGUGUGCGGGCCGUGCAGGCGGCUGAUAAACUGCGGCGUCUGCUCAUCCUGCCGCAACAGGAAGACAGGUCACCAGAUCUGCAAGUUCAGGAAGUGUGAAGAGCUGAAGAAGAAACCGGGGGGAGGAGGAGGGGGGCUGGAGCGGCCGCCAUCCGUCCCGACCGGCGAGGCAUUUCGUUGGUUCUUCUAGCCGUCCCUCCACCAUCAGAGUUGCGGCCUGAGGCUGAACCGGAAGUUACCAUCGCAUACAGACAACAAAUCAGGCUUUGGAUGAAGUUAACAAAGGACUAAAAUCUCUGGAAAUGAACCAAAUGCUUUGCAACAGGAUUACAAUUUCAUACUGUGUGGAUAACAAUUUAAGACUACAAAUCUCACCUCAACUGGAACAGGGAACCAGCUAGGCGGACAGAGGAAGAGGGGGCAGUUUGGUCACAGGCGAGAGGAACUGGCCAAUCAGCAUGAUGUUUUUCCUAAACAUGUUUUCAGCAAACCACAAACCCAUCGUAGCCAAACCAGGAAGAUUCAGGCCUCAACCACAGAAAACGAUUUACAGUUUGACCAAAACCUGAUGACAAGUUAACCUCAAAGGAAAACAACUUCACCACAGAGGGAGAACAAACUGACCUCAGCAGGAAGUGAUCCAGGACUGUUAUUAAGGACUCCAAGUUCACCACAGUAGGACUACAAUUACCACAUCACUGUUAUUUGUCUCUUCUGUCUACCUCCUCCUCAAGAACUUUAAAGGCACCUUGAUUGAUUUUUACGGGGCUGUGUUCAUGCUGGUACAACAUAAUCUGUUUCUUAACUCUCGAGAUGGUCCAGAGCUGAUCUGCUUCUCAUGGCUUCUCAUAGAAUCUGGUGUUAAGAUUUUUAUUUUUUUUAGUUUACUACGCUGCCUAAAGGAGAAGUUAAACGUUUAUUUUAUCUGUCUGGAUUUCACUGGAAAGUUCUCAGGGCGCAGUCACACUUCCAUUUGGUUUUAUAUGAACUGAAGCAAAACUCAUUCUGUUGUAUUUUUGUAUUCGCAUUAAAAGGUGGCAGUGGAAGGUUAAUAAUUUCUAUCCUCAUGAAAAACAAUGUUUGCUAACAAAACUCCAUUUGGGUGGAGUUUAACUUUGAAUAUUGGCUCUAAAUUGGCACCUCCAGUUCCAAACAUUCCUAUUUCUAAAGUCUGUAUCUGUUAAAACCUCACGUCGACCUUGAAGAGAGUUCAGAACCAGUUUCUCUGUUCUUGUAUCAGUGCAGAUUGUACCACAUGGUGACCAACAGGAAACAACAGGAGAAUCCACCUGCAGUUUAAAUGCAGUGUGGGAACUCUUUCUGGGAUGCUCUGAGGUUCUGAGCUGAAUCCUGCGGGACUAAAGGGAACUGAACCGAACUGAGAGAAGAACAUUCCACAUAAAAAAUACAUUUCCAAAACAUCUGUGUGUCUGGUUUUUAGAUUACACACCAACAUGUUCCUUUUAAACAAAGACAUUUAGUUAAAUUUGACCGCCCUUACACAAUGAUGGCCAACGUGAACACACAACUUUCUUUAGACAUCCUCAUUAAAA